UCCCUAUUCCUAACCAAUCGCAAUCUGUAUUCCUUAACCUAACCAAUCCAAGCAACAAAGGUAACAAAUAUUAGCCAAUCGGAGGCAGAGUAAUCAGUGCCAUUACUAUGCCGUCCUAGGAAAACAAAUUACGUCCUGCUUCCUUCGUCAACAUGGCGCCGAUGUUGGCACCGCUGAAAUGCGGCUUUCACUUUCAAAGACGAAAACUAGCGCUUCUCCUUCGACAGACGAGCUCAUAUCAUGUGUGGAGUAAAAGUCGCAGCAACAACGGGACGGACCAUACACGCCAAAAUACAUAUGUGCUGAGUUCCCAUCCACACUUACGAACAGCGUCAUGGAAUAUAAACAAAAGCGAACACGGUCGCCGCAUUUUGGAGGCAGCAAAGCAUUUGCAGGUAACAGACAAACGAACAUGUUGGCACGGACAUGCAGGAGGAGGUCUAAGUUCAGAUCCCAAGAAUGUGCUGAAGGAGGUGAAUUCAUCCCAGAUCCUGUCUGCUAUGCUGUCUUAUGUGUGGCCAAAAGACAGACCAGACCUACGGGCCCGUGUUGCCAUCUCUCUGGGCCUGCUUGGUGCAGCCAAGACCACCAAUGUGAUGGUGCCCUUCAUGUUUAAGUAUGCAGUGGACGAGCUUAACCAGAUGUCGGGACACAUGCUGAACCUGAAUGACGCGCCAAGCACUGUGGCUACCAUGGCAACGACUGUGCUGAUUGGCUAUGGCAUUUCGCGAGCUUGUGCAGCCUUCUUCAACGAGCUAAGGAACACUGUGUUCGGCACGGUGGCCCAGAGCUCCAUCCGACGCAUCGCCAAGAACGUCUUCCUCCACUUGCACAAUCUGGAUCUGGGUUUCCAUCUCAGCCGCCAGACAGGAGCACUGUCCAAGGCCAUUGACCGUGGCACACGGGGCAUCUCAUUUGUCCUCAGUGCACUCAUCUUCAAUCUAGGACCCACAGUAUUCGAGAUGGCUCUCGUCAGUGGUAUAUUGUAUUACAAGUGCGGUGGACAGUUUGCAGCAGUGGCCUUGGGUACCUUAUCGGGAUACACUCUUUUCACUAUUCUCAUCACUCAGUGGAGGACUCGUUUCCGGAUAGAAAUGAACAAAGCAGACAAUGAUGCAGGCAACGCAGCAAUUGACUCCCUCCUUAACUAUGAGACUGUUAAGUACUUCAACAAUGAGAAGUACGAAGCUGAAAGGUAUGAUGGAUACCUGAAGAUCUAUGAGUCAUCAUCUUUAAAAACCACAUCCACACUCGCAAUGCUCAACUUUGGCCAGAGUGCUAUCUUCAGUGUCGGUCUCACUGGCAUCAUGUUGCUAGCCAGCAAGGGCAUUGCAACAGGUACAAUGACAGUGGGAGACCUGGUGAUGGUGAACGGCCUGCUUUUCCAGCUCUCCCUCCCUCUCAACUUUCUGGGUACAGUGUACAGAGAGACCAGGCAGGCCCUGAUAGACAUGAACACUCUGUUCACCCUUCUCAAUGUCGACACCAAAAUUAAGGAGAAGGAUCUCGCCCCGGCUUUAACCAUCACACCACAGGAGGCCACCAUUCGUUUCGAGGAUGUCUAUUUUGAAUACCUGGAGGGCCAGAAAGUCUUAAACGGAGUGUCCUUUGACGUGCCUGCUGGAAAGAAAGUUGCUAUAGUUGGUGGCAGCGGGUCGGGGAAGAGCACCAUUGUGAGGCUGUUGUUCCGCUUCUACGAGCCCCAGCGGGGGAACAUCUACAUAGCAGGGCAGAAUAUCCGAGAUGUCAGCCUUGACAGCCUGAGAAAGGCUUUGGGGGUCGUACCUCAGGAUGCUGUUCUGUUCCACAACACCAUCUUCUACAACCUGCAGUAUGGGAACAUCAACGCUACACCGGAGGACGUGUACCAAGUAGCGCGUCUAGCAGGCAUCCAUGACGCUAUCCUCAGGAUGCCCCAUGGCUAUGACACCCAGGUUGGGGAGCGGGGCCUCAAGCUGUCAGGAGGGGAGAAGCAACGUGUCGCCAUCGCCCGUGCAAUCCUGAAGAAUCCACCCGUACUCUUGUAUGACGAAGCAACAUCAUCCCUCGACUCUAUCACAGAAGAGAACAUCCUCAGUUCAAUGAGGGAGAUGGUGAAGGACAGGACAUCAGUGUUCAUCGCCCAUAGGCUUUCCACAAUCGUAGACGCAGACGAGAUUAUAGUGCUCAAUGGGGGUAAAGUGGCUGAGCGAGGUGACCACCACGCACUCCUCAGCACCCCCGGCAGCUUGUACGCAGACCUGUGGAACACCCAGAACAGCAAAAUCUUGAACAGCAGCAAGAAUUUGGCCGAUGCACCGGCUGAGCGUUUGUCCCAGAAGGAGGAGGAGAGGAAAAAAUUGCAGGAGGAGAUCCUCAACAGUGUGAAGGGCUGUGGGAACUGCUCAUGUUGAGAGAAGCUGCCACCUCCAUGUCUGUCCAUCCCUCACAGAUGGCCUUUGCUGGAAUCCCUGGUCUGUGUUGUAUUGGGAAAAGAGGAGGGAGGGGGGGGGGGGGGUACAUCCCCACUAUCUACUCUCCACUCUCACUCUAGCCAAGCCCUCACCCAUGUGACUAUCCCUCCUCCUCCUCAUGCGAAUAAAGGCCAUUGCUCGCUAAAGUGAAGGAGGAGGAGCAGAACAGGGAGCAAGUGUGUUUAGCACUGGCUGGUGUCCAGAGAUAGAGCUUCCAUGCCAGUAGCCUCAGCUGAAGCCAAGCAUAAGAGACCUUGUAUAUCACAUACGUGUGUGCAAGACAUCUGUUAGUCAACAUGGUUACCCCCCCACCCCCCUUAAUUUCUGACAUCAGGUUUAUUGACAUCUUCCAUUGCACUGGAAACAGAUGAGAGUAUGUGUAAUGAUUUACAUAUGCCUUGAUGUUGACAAGAAAUUUGUAUUGAUUUCAUUUUUUAAAUUAUUUUAAAAGGAAUUUAACCUAUAGUUUGCUCUUCUUCUUUUUUACAUUGAAGAUGUGUACAUAUUACAAAUUAUUCAGCGAUUAGGCUAUCACAGUUCAAAUCAGGAGUGAUUUAAUGAUAUGUUCAAAUGGGGGUUAAAAAAAAGAAAAUCAUAUAACAGACACUUCAGUGUGGCACUGUCAUAACGCACAUUUAUGCUUUAGAUGUCCAUGACAUUAUUUUCAAUACGUGUUCUAAAAAUAUCAAAUUGGCCAGAUAAUGAGGUCUUUUAGAUGCAUCUCAACAUAAUAUGGAUAUUUCGAUUCAUGAACAUACUGAAUGGCACCUAAGUGAAGUAGCAGUAUGGCACAGGCACAUUAUAUAUACUCGGGGAAUGACAAGAAGUAAGUAAUAAAUCAUGAAUGGGUUUCACCAGAAUUGGAGCCACAUUAAGAGGCAACAACUUGAAGGCCUCCUUUGGGAACAUUUUACAGUCAUAUCAUUUAGCCUUUGUUGUCAGGGCUUUUCUAAUUUUAACAGUGUGAUGACGGCUUCUUGGAUUGUAUGAUUAGAACACAUACCAGUUAACGUGUCAUUGUUCAUAUUUAAAGACUGACAGUAUGUGUAUGUCCUCAUUUUCUGAGGGCUGUUUUGGCUGUGAUAUGCACAUUUUGGUAAGAAUCUUGCCAUGGUAUUGUAUCUAUAAAUAAAGAAUGACUAUUUGGGUGUCUUGUACUACACACAA